AUGACAGAAGACUCAAGUGAAAACAGAUACAAAUGCCUCUACCUGCAGCUACUCACAAAUACAAAACCUUAUUGGAGACACAAAAAGAAACCUCUGUAUAUCAGGGCGAUUACUUCAAUUUGUCAGUUCAACCAAAGUUAUUUGGAAGCCAACUCUGACUAUGGUAGGGCAUUGGACUGGGAUACCUAUCCCUCAAUAACAGACAUUAAGAUAACUUUCAAUGACACACUGGACAAUCUUAAAUCAAAAAAGAGUGAAACAAACCCUUCGGUGUACCACCAGGUGGUUCACAAUACAUUGAACCAGAUAUGGAAAGACUCUCUGAAAAUAUUCUCAGAUGGCUCAAAAACUACAGACGGAACAGGAGCAGCAAUCUGGAUUCCUCACAUGAAUUUAGAGAGAAAAUUUAAAUUACCUCUAAAUGCUUCUAUAUACACAGCAGAACAGUUUGCCCUUUUCGAAUGCACCAAAAUCCUGAAAGAAAUCCCACAAGAUAAUGUUCUGAUCUGCAGUGACUCACAAUCUGCAAUAAAAGCUCUCAAGAAUAUUAAAAAUGGCUUAAUUAAAGAUAACAUGUGUCUAGAAAUCAUAAGAAAUUGCCUACUAUCUGAGAAAGAAAUCUCCUUCCAAUGGAUUCCUAGUCAUAUUGGUUUAAAACAUAAUGAGACUGUUGAUCAACUUGCCAAACAAGCUGUUACCGAGGGAACAGAAGUCAAAGACAUAUCUUUACCGAUUUCGGACUUAAAAGCAUAUCAGAAAAAAAGACUCUUAAAACAAAGAAACAUCCGGCUACAAGUUUCAACCAAGGCAGCCUGGUACAGAACAAUACAAAACAAUAGUAUGCUUAGACCUUGGUACUUUGGCCAAAAAAUGACUAGAUCUGAAAUGAUUAAUAUCAUUAGACUGAGGAUUGGUAUAGCAAAUGUUAAUAAACAUUUGCAUAAAAUUAAACAAUAUUUUACACCUUUGUGUAUACUAUGCACCAAUGGUGUCACAGAAACUAUAGAACAUCUUUUGCUUGAAUGCCCACAUUAUGAUUACGCAAGAGCACAAUGUUUCAGGAGAAUCAACAAAUUUCCAAAUGACAAUACCUUUGAAAAAGUGAGGAAAAUAUUGGCAAGUGAAGAUGUACAACUAUACAAAGAAAUAAAUUCCUUUCUGAAGGUUAUAAAAAGACGAAUAUGA